UCUGUCUCCCUCUCUCUCUCUCUCCAUCCCCGGAACGAAAGUCGAGGGAGAGUGCUUCAAACCCUAACACCAAUUUCUCUCUCUUAGAUCAUGUGAAAAUAUCUCUCGCCUGCGUGAGACAUUUGAAUUCGGAUCUGUCAUUUCUGAGUCAGAGCAAGCAGAUUUGAAGUCGUACCAAGAUAUUAUGACACGGCGGUGCUCGCAUUGCAGCCACAACGGCCACAACUCACGGACGUGUCCGAACCGCGGAGUGAAGCUGUUCGGAGUCCGAUUGACGGAUGGAUCAAUCCGGAAGAGUGCUAGUAUGGGUAACCUGACCCACUAUACCGGAUCAUUAUCCAAUAACAGUACUCCUCAAACCGGCUUUGCUCAUGACUCUCCCGGUGACACCCCUGAUCACGGUGCCGCCGCUGAUGGUUAUGGUUCCGAGGAUUUCGUUCCUGGCUCAUCAUCGAGCCGAGAAAGAAAAAAAGGCGUUCCAUGGACUGAAGAGGAACACCGGAUGUUUCUGCUUGGUCUGCAAAAGCUUGGCAAAGGUGAUUGGCGGGGUAUAGCACGCAAUUAUGUAAUUUCAAGAACACCCACUCAGGUGGCCAGUCAUGCCCAGAAGUAUUUCAUCAGGCAAAGUAAUGUGUCUAGGAGAAAAAGACGGUCUAGCUUGUUUGAUAUUGUAGCUGAUGAAUCACUCGGUACUUCAAUGUUAUCACCGGAUUUGUAUGCCAUCGACCCUCCACAAGUAGAGAGAGAAAUUGACAAUCCAUUGCCUGCUCCUAUUCCUGUGGAUGAAGAAUGCGAGUCAAUGGAUUCUGCCAAUUCCAACAACACUGAAACUGUACCUCACAGACCAGAUGGCUCACAAUGUGGAUAUCCAGUCCAAUAUCCUGCAUAUAUCACUCCGUGCUUUCCAUUUUCUUCUGCAUUUUUGUCUGGGUACAGUGCAGAGCCAGCCAAAUUGGAAACUCAUGAAGUGCUUAAGCCAACAGCAGUUUACUCAAAGAGCCCAAUUAAUGUUGAUGAGCUCAUUGGCAUGUCGAAACUAAGCUUAGGGGAUUCCCCAGGCGAAGCAGGAUCAUCCUCUCUCUCACUAAAGCUGCUCAAUGGCUCCACUAGGCAGUCAGCUUUCCAUGCCAAUACUGCCGCUGGCAGCUCAGACAUGAACUCAAGCAACAGUCCAAUCCAUGCAGUCUAGAAAUUGAGAGUUCCAGCUUCAGAAUCUACAUUCCUCUGUGUGGUCAAUGCAUUCAACUACACAGACCACUCCCUCGGUUCAAUUCUUGGCUGCUAUGAUGGAAGUGUGUAUCCAAAACUCUACGAAGUGGCUGCUUGGGAGGAUCCUUUAAAUGACAUCCGGAUACAUUCGCGGUUGAUCGCGAAAGCUACCGUGAAUGUAUCCAGCCUAUUCUGAAGCCACAGCUUCGUACUGCUAGACUCUGGAAGAACAUGUACAUCGUCGGAUCCAUAUAUUUGAAAUGUAUGUAUAGCAUGG